CAACUAUGAUGGAUUCAAGCUGUUCCUGGACACUUACCUGGAGGUGUGCACCCCAGACGACCUCUCACGUCACCUGUUUCUGUCUUUCUUCAAAAGGCCACCGAUGGAACCCUCGCCACAACCGCCGACCCCGCAUAACACCCUACCAAACAAGAAGUUGAACCAAACGACAUCCGUCCCGAAUGUUUACGGGGCCGCUGUAGGCGGGGAGAGCCUCGUGAUGAAGCCGACUGCUUACAUCGCAGAAAAGCUGCAGGGCCUGACGGGACGGUUCCACCACUCGCUCGGCAGCAGCCACGAGACGGACGCACCGCCGAGGACGAGAGCAGGAAGUAUAGGUGCUUCGGUACAUCCGAUGCUUACCGUCACACAUACGUCCUAUUCUUGUCAUGAGGUGCUGGAGAAAAAAAGCACGGAUUCGUCGCCCAGCCACAGCCAAGUGUCGAGGAAUUCUUCCCGAAAGUCAAAUAACUCUCUCCUCGUCACCAACGGGCGAAUCAAUGACGAAAGCAAAUCGGGCCGACGGUUGAGCACGUCGGACCUGGCAUCGCUCAGAGUCCCGCUCAAAGACAUCGUCUGCUAUUUGUCUCUCAUCGAGGCUGGCCGGCCGGAAGACAAGCUAGAAUUCAUGUUCCGGCUUUACGACACCGACGGAAAUGGAGUUCUGGAUACCAAUGAGACUGAUUGCAUUGUCAACCAGAUGAUGAGCGUGGCUGAAUACCUCGGGUGGGACGUCUCGGAGCUGAAGCCGAUCCUUCAAGACAUGAUGGUCGAAAUCGACUAUGACGCAGAUGGGACUGUCUCUUUAUCCGAGUGGAAAAGGGGUGGAAUGACGACCAUACCUCUACUCGUUCUUCUUGGCCUGGACGCGCACGUAAAAGAGGACGGAAAUCACCUUUGGCGUUUGAAGCACUUCAGCAAACCGGCGUACUGCAACCUCUGCCUCAACAUGCUAGUCGGCUUGGGGAAAAAAGGGCUGUGUUGUAUAUUCUGUAAGUACACUGUUCAUGAGAGGUGUGUUCAGAGAGCGCCAGCCUCGUGCAUAGCGACGUACGUCAAAUCGAAAAAGACCUCCCAGGUGAUGGCACACCACUGGGUCGAGGGAAACCGCCACGGCAAAUGCCACAAGUGUAAAAAGACUAUCAAAAGCUACAACGGGAUCACGGGACUGCACUGCCGGUGGUGCCAGAUAACUCUUCACAACAGGUGCGCCUCCCAGGUGAAGCCAGAGUGCAAUUUAGGAGAAAACAGGGUCCACAUCCUCCCGCCGACGGCCAUCUGCCCGGUAGUGCUCGACCGGCAGCGUUCCAUAACAAGAGACAAACAACGGUCCGAGAGCCAUACUCCGGAUUCCAACAGCUCGUCCGGAUUUUCCUUCGGCAGCGGCUCCCAGCAAGCCGCCGUCUCCUUUCAAAUAAUGCCUCCGGACGGCGUCAAGCCCCUGGUCGUCUUCAUCAACCCCAAGUCGGGCGGUAGGCAAGGCGCGAGGAUGUUGAGAAAGCUCCAGUACGUCCUCAACCCCAGGCAGGUGUACAACCUGGCCAAAGGAGGGCCACUGCACGGCCUCACUCUCUUCAAAGACGUACCGAAUUUUCGAGUGAUAUGCUGUGGCGGCGACGGAACCGUUGGAUGGGUUCUGGAAACAAUGGACCAAGUUCAAUUUGAGAACCAACCUAGUGUCGGGGUGAUACCGUUGGGCACCGGGAACGAUUUAGCCAGAUGCCUCAGGUGGGGUGGUGGCUACGAAGGUGAAGCUGUUACCAAGCUGCUAAAGAAAAUUGAAAAAUCUACAACGGUCAUGAUGGACAGAUGGCUAGUUGAAGUGCUUAACCAGAACGACACGACGCCAUCCGGUGACCCGAUACCAUACAAUAUCAUAAACAACUACUUCUCCGUCGGUGUGGAUGCAGCCAUAUGCGUGAAAUUUCACCUCGAAAGGGAAAAGAAUCCUGAAAAGUUCAAUAGCAGAAUGAAGAACAAGCUGUGGUACUUCGAGUACGCAACGUCGGAACAGUUUGCGGCUUCCUGUAAGAAUCUUCACGAGAACAUCGAAAUCACGUGUGACGGUGUCAGUUUAGACUUGGCAAACGGUCAGGCCCUUCAAGGGAUAGCUUUACUCAAUAUCCCGUAUACACACGGAGGUUCGAAUCUCUGGGGAGACAACAACCAUAGGAAAAAGUCUAUGAGGAAAAAAAGAAAGAAGCACAGGGAAAAAGACAUUUCGACUGGUUCCUUCAACUCUGUCGACCUGAGCGCUGCGAUUCAAGAUAUCGGAGACAAACUGAUCGAGGUGAUCGGCCUGGAAAAUUGUCUCCACAUGGGCCAAGUGAGGACGGGAUUGAGGGCCUCGGGUCGAAGGCUCGCCCAAUGCUCGUCGGUCGUCAUUACCACGACUAGGACUUUCCCCAUGCAGAUCGACGGAGAGCCGUGGAUGCAGCCGGCUUGCACAAUAAGAAUUACUCAUAAGAAUCAAGUGCCCAUGCUGAUGGCGCCACCACCUGAAAAGGGUAAGGGUUUCUUCAGCUUUCUGCGGAAAUGAAAAUUCUACCGUCCUGUGAUGACAAAACCCAAAUAUGCAGUUUUAACAUUUUGAAAUCAUCCUUUCGUUCUCCUUGGAUAUUUUUGAUAACAUUUAAAAGAAUCUUCGAUUUACAGUUGUGAUGAAAAGUUUCUAGUGUACCAUCCAAUGAUAUGGGUCCACUAAGCGCAAAACCUCAGUUCAUAACGUUCUUUGAAUGAUCAAAAGCCGUCUGCUGCUGAUUUUCCUUUUUUUUAACUGUUUGUUUCACAAAACUUAUGCCACUUUUAGAAAUUAUUAAUAUAAGAAAUCUCGUUUGAAAAAGUAGUUGGCGAAGUACUUAGUAAAUGACUUGUAUUAUGUACUAUUUUAAAUUAGUGGAAGAUACAAACAUUUUAUAAUGUAGAAUCUUGUCAUGUAUCGUUUUGUUUUUAUCGAAUUGGUUUUUAAUUUUUAUAAGGCUGAUUAUCGUGAUAAAUCGGACGGCGUAGGGAUAUUUUUAUUUUAAUCCUUUUUGCGGAUUAGGUGUUUUAAUUUCGAAGUAUAUCAAUGCAGAAUUUAUGGUACUGGCAUUAAGUACAACUGUCGUUAGUAGGACGAGUUUAAAGGAAGACGACUAUAUUUUCAAUUUUCAAUACAACCUGUUCGUUGGAUAUUUUGAUGAUACUGCAAAUUGCUAACCUAAGCUGCUGUCUAGAAAUUAAGGUAGUAAUCUACUGAGUUGUAUAAAAGCUGUUAUUAAAAAUAUAUCUGGAGAAUGAUAUUCAGAACCCCUAAGCAGAGUAUUCCAUGCUCAAUGGUCCCACUAGAUGUAAGACCGUCCGCUAAUUUUACUAGAAGAACUGAGAACCGGCUCGAACGACCAUCAAAGCUUUUAUCACUAAUGUAAAAUAAUAAGUUUCUUACUUUUAAAAUAAUAAGUUCAGCUUUAAACUAAAAACUAAAACGGUUUUUGUUUUAAAUGUCGUACAACUGCGCAAAAGUUCCAAAAACCUGUCAGAUUUUUCUUUUCCAAAUCGUCGGCAUUCUGGCAUGACGAAUAAUUUCUAAGCAGAUGUAAUUUUGUUUUGAUAAAUGUUUAAAAAAAGCGAAAUUAAAUUGCUUUAAUAACCUAUCAAAUUUGACUUCUACGAAUUUCAAAUAUUACCCCUGUUGUUAUUUGCCAAUACUUUUAGGAGUUACUGUACAAAGUUUGUGUAAUUACGUUAUCGUGAUUUAUUUGUAAAUGUUGAAUAUAUUUAUUACUUUUUGUAAUUAUGCAUAAGUUACCUGAUAAGCUAAGUAUUAGUUUUUAAGUUGAAUUCAGUUAAGAACAAAAUAUCAUCCCAGAUUUUUUUUAAUUGUAUACUUCACCUGAUUAGAAAAUUUUCAUCAAGAAAAUGACUUCCCUAAUUAACAAUAAUAGGUAAGAUAAAUAAUUUAAGAUUUUAUAAUCUGUAACUGUCCAUUAGUAGAUUUCUUAUGAAAGCAUAAUAAAUGAAAUGUGCAUUUAAUGUUGAACAUGGCUGUAUAAUGAAUCCUAUACUCUUGGAAAAAUAUAAAUUACUUGUGAUAGACAAAAACAUAAACGAUAUUUAAUAAACGAUUAGGUAAAGUUUCUAUUAAUUCACUCGUACAGAUAAACUCUCAAAGAUUACGAUUCAGCAAAUAUUAGCUAUAAUUAAUUUUUUCAAAAAAAAUAACAGUCAUACAUGUAUUUUUUUAACUAUUUGCAAACUAUUAACUUUCGUAUAUCGUGUAUUUCAAACUAUACGUGUGUUACAAAUUGUUGACAUGCCUGAGUAUUUUGGUUGUGUUUUAUUUAUUUACAAACUAUGGAAGAAGAAGAAAAUAUCAUUUAUUCAAGUAAGAGUUGUUAA